AUGACAUCCUUCUUCGACUUCCCGAGCAAGGUUGCCGCCAAUGGCAUCUACCGCUGGAUGGGUGCUCAGCCUGCCGACCACGCGCACUACCUCGAAAAGGAUCUCGCCUUUACCAAAGACCAGUCGGUCAUCGGCGUCGAGGCUCCCCGGGACCGGAUUCCAAGCGUCUCGAGCUUUGACGAGGACGAGACGAUGGACCUCGCCGAGCUGCUAGCGGCUCUCGAGAGCAAGGAGAUCUGCCCGCUGAUGAACAUCCGAGUCGACUCCGGCCGCCUUCUUCGAGACGAGGAAGCAAAGCAAGCCCACCGAGACGCCCAGCGUCCUCGCCCAAUGCUCCCCGUCAAAACUACCUACAUGCUCAACUCGCGCCGCGUCCACCCCAACGACCAAGCGGCCCUCCUCCGCCUCAAGACCCUCCUCCACGUCGCCCGCACCAACCAAAUCUCGCCGGCCACGACCCGCGCCAUCAUCCCCGUCUCCCACCUCUCCCCCGCCUACGCCGCCCAAGCCCAAGAGGUCGCCCGGCUAGCCUCCGCCUGCUUCCGCUCCGCGCUCGACUACGCCCGCGUCGCCCUCCGCCAGAUCACUAGCGCCGUCGACGCCGUCUGCGGCGCGGGUUUCUUCACCGGCUUGGGCCGCCGCGAUCGCAUGGCCGUCCUCGGCGCCGUAUUCGACCAGUUCCCCGUCUUCCUGCUCGCCCGCUUCCGCGCGCGCGAGAGCGCCGUCGUGGAUUUCGAGGCCAUCUUUGCUGCGAAGGGAACCGGUCACCGGGAUCGGGUGGCGAGGCGGAGGCUGGCGACCUUCUACCGCUACGGAUGGAUCCGGUUCUGCGAGAAGUUGGUGGUGGAUGAGAGGUCGGCUGGCGGAGGCGACGGCGGCGACUUUGAAGAGACGAGGCGGGCUUGGCUGGAAAUUGACAAGCGAGGUCUGGUCUGGGAGUUGGAGCUGGGUGGUGUAUAUGAUUUACCGGCGAGGAGGAAGAUGAUGUUUGAGAAAUUGAGAGGCUGA